AGAGGAAAAAAAAAAUAAUAAUAAUAGCGCGACGUAUUAUAUUAUAUUAUAAUAAUAUAAUACGAAACCCGACGUUGUCCGCGCGUCGCGUCCGCCGCAUGCACACCCAGCAGUCGUAUGCCCGCCCGCGAAAUCCCUAACGAACGCGAAUAAAAUACGAUAAAGCGUCUAAAUCCGAAAUACGAUAAUACACUUCAAUAGCGAUCCAUCGGCCGAUCGAAGCGGUCGGUGAGCGCACACGUCCCGUCCGCCGCUUGUUUCGAGUGUGUCGCGGUCGAACCGCGCUCGAUACCCCGAUACGGGCAGCGACAUUGUUUCGCGUCGACCAUAAAACAAACGAUAUAAUCCAGGCUAUAACUUCGGUGUCGAUUUUUCCGCGGUUUUCUGCACGUCAUUAGUGACGAGACGCGUAUAAUAUUUCUUGUCGGACGCCGUUUGUUGCGAUUGUCGCUGUCGUCGUCGUCGUCGUCGUCGUCGCGCGUUACGGGCCCUGCGACUCGAACGCGAUCGCGGACGAUCGGCGGUGCGGAGGAGGUGAACGCGGGGUGCGGGACAUGCACCCGUCGCGGCCGACGGCGGGCAGUCGUGGCGCCCGUGCCGUGCCGUCAAUACCGCUGCGGAAUCGUUAAUUGUUAUCGGAUCCAGUCGGAAUCGUGUUUUCGCGUCCAUCGAUCGGUCUUAAUGAAUUUCGCCAAUGGAUUUCCAGUAGCAGCGGUACGCGGCAGUGGUCGCCGCCGAAUUCGCGCGCAACCGACACGACGCCGGUAAGGCGCGCGCGCACGCCGACAACGCCACCACCGUCGACGCCGACGACGCCGCCACCACCGACGACGACGACGACGACGCUCAUCUGACGCGCGCGGAACCAUCGUCACACGCCGCGUAGGAGGCAGCGCGCGCGAAAUGUUUUCGGACGCCGCACCAGUGUUGCUGUCGUUCCUCCGGCACCGGCGGACCGCCGAAUAGUGCGUGUGCGCCCGCACAUACUGACGCGACCUGACAAUAUUAUUGUAAAUUUUUUUUUUCACGGUCACAUUCCCGCGGUGUACAACACGUGGCGAGGGCGCACUUCACUUGCACACCGCUCACGCGCGUACAUAGGUCAGAGGGAAGGGACAGUGCUGUGCGCUCGCGCGACGACGACAGUACGUGACACGCGGAGCCGGCACAAGAGUGACAGCGGACGUUGUUCGCCGGAUGGAAAACGUUCACAACAUGGCGCCAGAGUCGCCGCUCAACGAAGUCGUGGUCGAGACAAUCGAUUCGCCGCAAGACGUGAGGGCGCACGUCGACGCCGGUCGGCCGUCCGCGUGCCCCGUCGCCGAGCCGCCACCGACACGCGAACUGUGCAUCACGCGAGUGCCGCGGUCGCAGCCCGCCAGCAGGAUCGUUUGCCAUGCACGUUGUUCGCGACCCGUCCAGCACGACGACGACUCGGAAGACGACCUGGACGACGACGACUUGGACGACGAGAACGACGACGACCACAACGACCACAACAACCACCACCAGCAGCACCAUCAAAACAACCGUGGCCACCAACACCAGCAGCAGCAGCAGCAGCAGCAGCAACACCACCAGAACCAGCACCACCAAGCCCAUCAUCACCAACACCACCACCAAAACCAACACCAUCCGCACCUCCAGCAGCAGCAGCAGCAGCAACAACAGCAACACCACCUCCAAAACACGGACCGAUCGCCGGUCGAAAGUAACGGCGGUGGUAGCCGCCGAGGCGUAGGCGGUACGGUCGUGGUCAGAGGCGGCUGUGGCGGUGGCGGCGGCGGCAACGGAGGUGGUGUCAGCAGCGGUGGAAGCGGUGGCGUCAUCGUCGAGGACGUCAAACAGCCCGAGAGCACCAUCACGGUGAUCGUACACCACCCGGACGAAGACCGGGCCAACAGAUCGUCCAGACUCAACCCCAGACAUUCCGUCAGCGUGGCCGGCAUGAUCGAGUCGCAAGACUACCACCGCGGCGCUGGCUCCGGGACCGGUAACAACAGCGUGCUCCAGCUGCACCAUCAGCAACAGCAACAGCAACAACCGGAGCCCACUUACCAGACGCUCACGUCGGUCAACGGCAGGAUGUCACCGCCCGGCUACAGCCCCAACUCAUCGUACGCCACGCUCACACCUCUCCAACCACUGCCGCCCAUAUCGACCAUGUCCGACAAGUUCGUGUACGGUCACUCCAACAACGUGUCCGGAUCGUUCACGGUCAUGCAGAACAACAUCGGUGGCAUGGGCAUGGUGGUCAACAGCCCUUACACGUAUGACAAGAUGGGCAUGCACUCACCCAACCACUAUUCGCCCACACACAUGCACCACAUGCCGCCUCAACAGGGCUCGCCGAUAUCGCCGCAAAGCGCGUCGUACAGUCAAAACGGAGGCGGCGGCGGAGGUGGCCUCAACUCGCCGCAGAAGAGCAUGUCGUCGCCAAACAGCUGCUAUGACUCGCCGUACACGCAGAUCGGCCCCGGCGGCCGGUCGGGGGCGGCCAACGCCAUGCACAGCCCCGACCUCAGCCAGAACUCGGGGUCACUGCACUCACCGCCGAUGUCCAGCUACGGUGGAACCACCACGCUGUCCAACGUCAAAGGGCUGACCACCAUCACGCCGCACCCCGGCCGCAGCAGCGGUGGAGUCGUCGUGUCUCCAAGGCACUCGCCGUCGCUGGUCAUACACCCCAUCAUACAGCCCCAGGAGGUCGUGGUAACCACGUCCUCGCCCUCGCCGCCCGACCACUCGCAGAGGAUGCAGAUGAUGCACCAGCAACAGCAACAGCAGCAGCAACAGCAGCAACAGCAGCAGCAGCAGCAGCAGCAGCAACAGCAGCAACAGCAACUGCAACAGCAGCAGACCACGCUGAUCAAGACGCAAUCGAUCACGACCACGACCACGGUUCUGGUGCAGAAUGCGUCGUCGGCGUCCGGGUCGAACGGCAGCGGUUCCGACAUGGAGGAGAUCAACACCAAAGAGUUGGCGCAGCGGAUCAGCGCCGAGCUGAAACGGUACAGCAUACCGCAGGCGAUAUUCGCGCAACGCGUGCUGUGCCGGUCGCAGGGCACGCUGUCCGACCUGCUCCGGAACCCCAAGCCCUGGUCCAAGCUGAAAUCCGGCCGGGAGACGUUCCGCCGGAUGUGGAAGUGGCUCCAGGAACCCGAAUUCCAGAGGAUGUCGGCCCUCCGCUUGGCAGGUAUGCACGAUGAUUCUUCUUCUAACCUUGGUCAAGAUUUAGAAGGUAUGUUAUUGGCAGAAAAUGGACUGCAGAAUGUUCCAACACCAAACGUCGGAAAUUACAUCAACAACAUGAUAGCUCAAAUUCCACAGAUAAACCCUCCUUGUAAACGAAAAGAAGAUGCCCAACCUAUUGUUCCUGAUCAUUCAUCUGCACCUAAAAAACCACGUUUGGUCUUUACUGAUCUUCAACGACGAACACUACAAGCUAUUUUCAAGGAAACGAAAAGGCCGUCAAAAGAAAUGCAGGUGACCAUAGCUAGACAACUGGGCCUGGAACCGACCACGGUCGGCAAUUUCUUCAUGAAUGCCAGGAGACGAUCAAUGGAUAAGUGGAAGGAUGAAGAUCCAAAAGUAAUGGCGGCAUCGAACCACCACCAAGACGACAUGGUAGUCAACAUGCAAACAGGGACGCAUAUGGGUAACCACCAGGCUGAAGUGUUGUGACCAAUAAUUCAUUAGGAUAAAUAUAGAUAUUUAUUCCGAAAUGUUAGAGUACAAUAUCGAAAUGUGAUUUAUUUUCUGGCCAUAUAUAUAUAUAUAUAUACACUAUAAAAGUUAAUAGGUUUAUUUCUUUUUUAUUUACAUAGAAAUAUUAUCUCGGCAUAUAUACUAUGGUAAGGCAACAUAAACAUACUUCCCGAUCAUUUUAUCCGUAUUGGUUUUUUUUUAUCGAAACACCUUACCACACCAUAACCCUUUCCCAUAAUCUUACAAUAAUUGAAAACAAACAGAAAUUAUCUAAAUAAGAAAAAAAAGAAAUUCGAUCGACUUCUGUAUAUCAUACUCAUUAUUUGAUGAGUAUACCAUAUAAAUGUAUUUAUUUAUUUUUCGUAGAUGUAUAUUUAACCAAUUCUAUGAUACACUGUUCAUUUUAAAAUAUUUCAUACAAAUGGUUAAAUUUGAUUUAUAUAAGAACAGUAUAUAAUAUUACGCUUUAAAAACUAUUAUAUUAACUUAUUGUAUU